GAGCCCGAUGGAGCGGGCAGCCCCGGGUGCCGCCGGGUGGCCCUUCCCGAGAGGGGCCUGGCUCGACGCGGCGCUGAACGGCGACCUGGUGCCGGGGCUGCCGCUGUGGGCUGGUGCACGGGUCCUGGCGCGCGUCAAGGACGACGACGGGGCGCCGCAGGGCGUCGAGAUGCUCGAAGAGGAGGUCGCCUACCAAGCGGACGCCUUCGGCCGUUUCUUCAAGGGCCGGCACGUGGGCGCCAGCGACCCGUACUUCUCAUGGUAUGCAGCCUCCUCCGGGCAGCAGGGCGCGCGCCCCCUGGCCACGGUCUUCCACCUCUGCAAGUGCAGCGCCGCCGAGUGCGGGGCGGUCGCCCCAUUGGGCGCAGUAGUCGAGCACUUGGACGUGUGGCAGGUGGUGGACCCCCGCGAUGUGGCCCGCGAGCAGGCGAAGCUCAUCUGCCCGGCCGCGGACCCUGGAGCACCUGUGCUGACCGACGCGCCCUCGGCCGAGCCGAUGCCUGGAGAGCUCGGCGGCUGGCCGCUCGGGGACGGGGCCAACGAGGUCGAGGAGGAGCCUCGCGGGCCACCGCGCAAGCGAGCCCGCGAGGUGGAGGGCACCCAGACCCCUGGCGGACCAGGAGAUACGAGCCCGCUCGACCAGGAGCUUGCUGGGCUCGAGGAGACCGCCGAGGACCCCGAGCUCGAGGCGCGGCUGGCGCGGCUCGGGGGCAAGGCAGCUCGUGGUGGGCCGAGGCAGGGCACGCCCAAGAAUGCCGCGCGCCCAGCAGGGGCCGUGGGCGAGCGCCUGGCGCAGGUGGUAGCUGGCCGAGCCGCCGCUGCUGCCCCUGCGCGCGCCAGCGCCUCGGGAUCGAGGGGCAGGCUGGCGUCAGCGUUGACCGCUGCGCUCCUGGGGCGCGACGACGACGACGCGGAGGACGGCGCGGAGAGCGACACGGAGCGCCUCGGGGGCCGCGAUCGCUACCAGGGCGUGAACAUCAAGCGCGACUUGUUCCGCAGGAUCGCUCGGCAGCGGCCUGGUGCUCUCCUCGAGAAUGGGCUCGGCCACCUGCGCAGCCAGUUCACCCAGCAGUUGUCCGCGGGCGAAGCCGACCCUCUGGCCCCAUGCGUCACGCAGUUCCUGAACACGGUGUUCUUCGUUGCUCACCCGCCGCGCACGCUGGGGACAGACGAGGUGCGGGUCCUCCGCGCGCUGGGGCUGGCGCUCGACGGCAUCCUGCGCGGAGAGGUCGUCGAGACUGCGGAUCUGCUCAUGCAGGAGUUCAAGGCGCGGACGAUGGCCAUCCGCGACGGGAACUGGCGGUCAGCACGGUGGCUCACGCUGGUCGCACAGGAACAGCUUCCUUCAGGCGCCUCUCUGGACGAGGAGAACGCCGCCGAGAAGGUCGAGGCCCGGGAGCUGAAGGUCGCCGAACUCCGCCAGCGGCUUGCAGACCGCAGGACCAGCCGCAGUUCCACGCGGUCAGUCCAGCUCCUGAGCGACUCGGAGGGGGACCUCGACGCAGCAGCCGCCGCCCGCGUGCCACCAGCGGAGGCGGCGGCGAGCCGGAGCUUCGCGCAGCACAAGGCGGCCCACCCGAGGCGCGAGGGCGAGACCCAGGACGGCCUGGGUUCGAGCGUGAGGGCCGACACGGCUAAGGCCGCGGCCCACGGCACGCCCCCGCCUGCCCUCCGCCCGCCUGAGCGGCAGCUACGCGGCAGUUCGCAGGCUCGGCGGUGGCGCCAGAUGCUAGCCGAGGUGGGCACGGGCGUCAGCUCCAAGUUCAGGCUGGCCCUCGCAGUCCACGAGGCGGUGCACGGCUCGCCAGGGGCGAUCGGGCGGUACGUUCGUAAGAUGUGCACUUCGCCAGACCCCACGGCCAGCUUCGCGCGGCUGCGCGAGGUGUUGCCGUUACCACUGCCCGACGCCCCACUCUUCGAGAGGUACCGCGCCGCCUGGCACCUGCACCAGCAGCUGCCGGAGACCUGCGAGGUGGACGCCGCCACGGCGCAGGGGUGGGCCCAGCUCGUGGUCUUCAGCCUGAACUACCAGUACACGGGGCACAUGCGCAGUCCCACCGUCGCCGCGAGGCGACCCACGGCUAGCCAGGUUAGUGCGCUCAGCAUUGUGCAGGAGGCCUGUGAGUAUUUCGUUCAGGAUGCCGCCACAGCCUUCGAGCUCCCGGACUGGGACCGGGUCAUCUCGUCGAGGACCGUCUCCUACGGGGGCGAGGAGACGGCCCGCGCCUUGCCGCUCUCGCUCGCGGGCAUCAUGCCAGGCCUCCCCACGCGCGGCGUUGCCGCCUCGGUCAAGGCGGUCGACAUCGCGGACGCUCAGGUGGGCGCCUGGCUUGCCGACCCCACGCUGGUCCCGCGGGCAGCGAUCCAGGUCACGUCCAAGCAGGAGUGGUACCGCAUCGGGACCAAGCUCGUCGAGCUGGGGCUGGCGGCGCCGAUCGCCGACGACCGCAUCUUCAAGGUCGGGAACCGCAAGGUGCUUGCGGGGGCGUUCGGGGUCGCCAAGGGAGGCACGCCGUCACCUGGGCAGGCGUGCGUCCAGCGGUUAAUCAUCAACAUGGUCCCGGCCAACAGCUACCAGCGCAUCAUGAGGGAUGACAUCGGGACCCUUAGCGCGUCGCCCUCGUGGGUCGCCAUCCCGCUCCCAGAGGGCCUCAUGCUGCUCUGGUCCUCAGAUGACCAAGCCUCCGCUUUCUACUGCUACGAGCUGCCCGAGGCCUGGCAGCCAUACAUGACCCUCGCGGAGGCGAUCCCGAACGAGCUCAUCGGUGUGCCGGGUCCUGGGAAGACUCACCUCGCGCUGCGCGUCAUCCCGAUGGGCUGGAUCAACGCGGACACGGUGUUUCAGCACUGCCACAGGCGCCUCGGGUUCGGCUCUCGCCCCCUCGCUGCGGGGUUUCCCGCAGAGCUCGAGUGGCGCAAGGACCGGCCGCUUCCGUUCAAGUCGAAGGAGCUCGAGCAGCAGUGGAUCCAGUACUACAUCGACGACUGGGACCAUGGCGAGGUGGUGCCCAACGCGAUGGUCGCGGAGCUCCUCGGCACGAUGAGCUGCGCGCAGGAGGAGCAGAGGGCCGCCUACGGCCGCUCGGGGAUCAGCGUCGCCCCCGGCAAGGCCAAGCACCGCGCGCUGGUCCUGGAGCGGAUGGGCGCGGGUCUUGACGGGGCCGUCGGCCGGGUCGGAGUCACGACCGAGAAGCUGCACCAGCUGCUGGCGUUCACCCUGUGGGGCAUGGGCAGGCAGGGCCUCUCGUCACAGGGCAUGCUCAUGAUCCUAGGCAGGUGCGCCAGGGCAGCGGAGUUCAGGAGGCCUUUCAUGGGAUUCCUCAACAGCGUGUGGGCUGCUGGACGCUGGACGCGUCCGCAGACUGUUCCCCUUGGCAUGUGCGACGAGCUCUUGGGCUUCGCGAUGGCGCUGCCGCUGGCCUACACUGACCUGCGCGCGAAGAUCGACACUUGUGUCAUAGCGACCGAUGCCAGCGAGCGCGCCGGGGGCAUCUGCCACACGGCCGGGCUCUCGGCGCAGGGCGUUGCGUGCGCGAGAGGGGGGGCUUCGGCUGUGACGUUGCGGCCUGGUGCAGUUGCGGCCCCUGUGCGGGGUGUGCGGUGGCGCCCUCGCAUAGUUCUCAUCGAGCUCUUCGCUGGCGCCGCGGGGGCCGCGGUGGCGGCCUCCAGACUCCCGAUCGACGUGAUGGCCCAUGUCAGCUGCGAGGUCGAGCCCGCCGCCCGGCGACUGGUGCGUCGCCGCUGGGCGGGUGUGAUCGAGCUUGGCAACAUCGAGGCCGUCGACACGGCGCGGUUUACUGAGAUGCUGAAGGGCUACGCGCGGGACGCCGACUGGGUCGUCCUGACCGCGGGGAGCCCGUGCCAAGACCUGGCGAGCAUCAAUGUCGUGGGGACCGGCCUGGAGGGGUCGAGGUCGAGGCUCUUCUUCCGGGUCCCCGAGCUGAUCCAGGCAGCAGAGGCUGCCUUUCCCAAGCGCACCAUGUGGUUCGUCGAGAACGUGUUCAGCAUGACCUUAGAGUCGAGGGCGGAGUUCACCAGGGCGCUUGGCGUCACACCCGUGUUCCUCGAUGCCAGGUGUCUCACUCACGUCAGGCGGCCCCGCCUGUACUGGCGCUCGUGGCCCGUUACGGCGUUCUUGGCGUCCGACGCCACCGUCGAGACCAAGGGUGAGGGUGAAGCCACGUACUUCAAGGUCUCGCUUGCGGUGGAGAGGCUCCCACUGAGUGCCUCGCUCCUCGAGGGCUGGUCGACGCUGGACCCUGAGGCAGACCUCCCUUGUUUCACGAGGCCGAUCCCGCGGAGUCACCCGCCGUUUCGGCCCGUGGGCCUCGACCGCGCCUCGGUGAGGGCUGCAGAGCGCUGGGCUGCCGACAGCUACCGUUACCAGGUCAACAACUACGAGGACGGCAGCCUCAUCUGGGAUGCAAGGCGGAGCGGGGCCGGCUGCCCGUGCCUGAGGAGCGUGCUGCCCUGA